UUGCACAAACAGAAUGGACAAAUCGGAGCAACACUUAAUAGCAGCAACGGUCAACCACUGCUGUGUUUACACCCAGUACAAAGGUCAACAUGGGACUGCUAGAGGCAAACGCCAGAGCUUUUACCUUGGAGAGGGCUUUUCAGGAGUUCAAGGCAACAGAAACGGCAAUGGAUUUACCAUGUGGACGGAGCUUCAUGCAGGUUCUUUGUGAAAAAUACAGCCCAGAGAAUUUUCCAUACCGAAGAGGCCCGGGGGCUGGAGUACAUGUUCCCCCAGGACCACAUGUGUCUCCAAUGAAAGACCGACUUAAUCUUCCCAGUGUCCUGGUCCUCAACAGCUGUGGUAUUAGCUAUGCUGGAGAAGAGAGUGAGAUUGCUGCAUUCUGCUCUCAUGUAUCAGAGCUGGAUCUUUCUGAUAAUAAACUUGAUGACUGGCAGGAGGUAAGCAAGAUUGUGUCCAAUGUUCCCCAGUUGCAGUUCCUGAAUUUGAGCUCAAAUCCUCUGCAUCUGUCAGUUCUCGGCCGGGAUAGUGCUGUAACAUUCUCUGGUAUCCGUAAGCUGGUCCUCAAUAAUUGCAAAGCAUCAUGGGAAACCGUACACACACUGCUGAUGGAGAUCCCAGAAUUGGAAGAACUGUUCUUGUGCCUUAAUGAUUAUAAAACAGUGUUAUGUUCGUCUGUUUGCUUCCGAUCCCUAAAGCUGCUCCAUAUAACUGACAAUAACCUCCAAGAUUGGUCAGAGGUCCGCAAGUUGGGAAUAAUGUUUCCAUGUCUGGAUACCCUUGUUCUUGCAAAUAACAACAUCUCAGCCAUCGAUGAUUCCGAAGACUCUCUACCACGACUCUUUCCAAACCUCCGAUCAAUAAGUCUCCAUAAAUCUGGUUUGCAUUGUUGGGAAGACAUUGAAAAAUUAAACUUUCUACCAAAACUUGAAGAAAUAAGGUUAUUAGGUAUUCCUUUGGUUGAGCCAUAUAGUACAGAGGAGCGCAGGAAAUUAGUAAUAGCAAGAUUGCGGUCUGUUUCUAAACUGAAUGGCAGUGUUGUCACAGAGGGUGAAAGAGAAGACUCAGAGAGAUUCUUCCUGCGUUACUAUAUGAAUCUCCCAAAGGAAGACGUUCCAUUAAGAUAUCAGGAGCUGGUUGCAAAGUAUGGAAAACUGGAACCUUUGGCAGAAGUUGACCUUAGGCCACAAUAUAAAGCAAAUGUUGAUAUUCACUUUGCCGAAAAGGUGGAAAGAAUGAGCAUUCGAGUAGACCAAACUGUUGCCGAGUUCAAGAAGCAGCUUAAGACUUUGGUGCCGCUAUCUACAAACAACAUGCGGGUCUAUUAUUUAGACCAUGAAGCUCCUUUUGGGCCAGAGGAGAUGAAAUUAAGUACACGGGCCUUACAUUCAUACAACGUUCGUGAUGGAGAUAAAUUUUACAUAGAACCCAAAAUUAAAUGAUCAUGCCUGCUUACCCUUAUAUGAACAUAACAAUAUGUAUAUUAUACCUGUAAUUUGUUUCAAUUGCUUUUAUAUAUAAACCUGCACCUUGUCCCCAGUA